GUGCACUUGUGGGUUCACUAAUUUCUGGGGCCACGUGUCAUGUAUUUCAUUGAGGUCUGACGAUCUGCCCCAUGCACACACUGCUGUCGACCGACCCCGACAGACAGACAGACUUGAAACAAAAAGAGCCAGACGAAAAUUCACUUGUGAGUGACACGUCAGUUAAACUACUUGCCUCGAUUCCACGAGACAGACAGACAUACAGAGCACAGCUGGCCUUGAACAAACAAAAAACUGCGCACUUUCACUCACAUGACUGACACGACUGACACAUCAACGCGUUGCAUCCUCCAUGGCCCAUGGGGGGGCCGACCCAAAAAUAAGGUGGGGCCAGUGCUGUGCCAUCUAUCUCUUGGCUGGGCUAGAUGUCCUUCUUGCCCUCUGCACGCGGCGUGAGCCAAACACGAAGACCCUUCGGCCGCAGGAUGCCUCCGGUGCCUGCACACCACACAGCAUCCCCACCAACGAAUGCGUCCUGUUUAAAUGUCAUUUCGCUGCGUGUUGGCAGGUGCGUACCCAUCCGCACUUUCGACGGGUCGUUGGUCGAGAUGUCAAACCGGCGCAGCAGCAUGGCCAGCGCCACCACGGCCUCCUGCUGUGCAAACCUCUGCACCACACCCACGACACACACAGGCAGACACACACGCAGUGGCCAGUGCGGGCCCCAUCCCUCUGUGCUGUGUGUGUGUGUCUCCUGACUGACCUGCCCAAUACAGUUGCGAGGCCCAUGAGAGAAAGGAACGUAGGCAAAAGGAUGUCGCUUGCCCUCGCCACCGCUGCUAUCCACAGUGAAUCGCUGGGGGUCGAACUUGGCGGGCUCGGGCCAGAUGGCCGGAUUGUUGUGUGUGGCCAGCAUGAGAGGCGUCACCACAGUGCCCUUCGGAAUGAGCACUCCAUCAAUCUCGACAUCUCUGUAGGUGGACGAUAAGCAAAAUGGAAAGUGAGUGGUGUGUUGCUCGUCCGUCCAUGUCUUUGUGUGUGAGUGUUUUCUGCGAUCGGUGUGUACUUGAGGGUUAUACGGUUGAUUUGCGACGCAGCAGGCCGGAUGCGGAGGGUCUCCUUGAUGACCUGAUGCGUGUACGCCAGGUGCUUGUACGUCUCGGGCGUCGGGUCGGCCUCCUGAAUUACAAACACACAACACACCAACACACACAACCCAGCAGAUGACGUCAAUGGAUGGAUGGAUGGAUGAUGGUCACAUCGUCUUUGUUGCUGUGCUGUGUGUUGCUUACGCCGAGCACUUGCUGGACUUCCUUGCGGACCUCAUGCUGUAUCCAGUGGUACUGCGGCUGCCCGAUGAAGAAGAUGGACCAGGAGAGGAGGUUGGACGUGGUCUCGUGGCCCGCUAUCAAAAAGGUGAGAGCCUCGUCCACGAUCUGCUCGUCCUCGAUGCCCUCGCCGGUCGUCUCAUCCACGGCCUGACAUUCCACAUCGCCAUAUCCAAAAGGUUCAUCAUCUGUUCAUUCCCUGACCUUGACCAUAGCGGUGAUGACGUCACAUCUGUCCGUCGUGAUCAGCUCGCCGUGCGCCAGCUGGGCCCUUCUGAGGCGGAUGAGCGCACGGAUCUCCUUGCGCAACGCUUCCAUGGUGCCAAGCAGACGGCGAGUGGGCGGCAGAGGCAGAUAGUCCAUGGCCUGCAGGCAGCCAGAAACACCUGGCGACCUUCCUUCCCUCCGUUCCCAUUCAAUCCAUGCAGGCCUUACCGAUCCGAUGAGCAGUUUGCCGAUGUUGUACGAGGCGUUCUUUCCAAUGACUGACGACCAUUUCUCGUGGAACCAGUCGCCAUCAAUGCCCUUGGAGAAGAGGGCCUCUAUCACCACCAUGAGCGCCAUCCUGCCGAACAGGUUGGCGGGGUUGUAUGAGCCGUCACGGGGAUCAAAAGUCACAUCUGGAUCCAUCCAUCCAUCCAUCCACCCGUCACACGUAGGUCCAUCUGUGCGUGCAGCUGACCGUCCGGCAGUUUAUCGGCUUUCUUCGUCGUCGCGGCGUUGGCAGCACGGUUCUGGUCAAUGAGUGAGAUGGUCUCGUGCACCUGGUGGACUGUGGCGGGCAGUGCCACGUCCUUCAGGUUCUGGAAGUGGAACAUUGGAUUGAGCAGCUUCCUCUCCCGCCGCCACAAAUCACCUGCCGUGCAAUCAAUCGGUCACGUGGAUGUGUGUGAUUCUGUGUGGGUGUCGUGUCGAUCGCUUACUCACCCUCAGACGUGACGAGCCCCUUGCCGAUGAUUUUAUCCACCAUUCGCGAGAAGGAGGGCGGCUUGCCGAACUCGAUGCCGUCCCGAGUCAUGACGACCUUGAUCGCCUCAGGUGACAGCAAGAGGACCUGGUGGCUGACAGACAGACACGAAGCGACAGACAGACAACACGGCCGAUGAAAGAGUUGGCAUACGUGUACGUGUGUGUAUGGAUCUCUCUCUCUCUCUCUCCCCCUGUCUGUGUGUGUGUGUGGCUCACUCUCCAGUGAGGGAUAUGCCAUUGUAGAGCAUCUUGGGGUGCCCAUCUUUGCACGCCUCCUGCACGUUCCGCCACAUCCUAGCGAAACAACCGCACACGCAGCACCCGUCAUCCGCAUGCUCCCGUGUGAUGCCAGUGCUCGCGACUUACACUUCCAUCCCGCGUCCCGGCCACAGCAUGUCCAUCCUGUUGAUCCCAUAGAACGUCCUCAUUCUCGCCUCGAUGUGGUCGUAUCUCCAUCUCUUGCGCAUCGCGCGGGCGAAGCGGAUGGCGAUGGAGGCCGUGAAGAAGAUGACAUAGCAUAGAACGGUCCACAGCAGCAGCUUGAUGGAUGUCGUGAUGAGCCAUGAGAGCAGGGAGGUGGAGUAGCCGUGUUGGGACGGCUCGUCCAGGACGCGGAAGGGCACGAAGGGCCACACGUCGCUGAGAAGGACUGCCAUCUUGAUGUGAUUGGUGGGAUGCAAGCCCUCUAGGACCACACCUGGGAGAGAUAGGGGGAGAGAUCACAGACACCAGGGAGAGAAGGGCGCCCCGACGACCUCACUUCGGCACUAGGAAGCUGAAAG